UUUUUUUGCUUGUACAUAUAUUUAUCACACACAAAAAAAGAAGAAAAAAGAAUAUAAAGCUAUUAACAUUAACUUAUUUAUUUACAUUUAUCCAUUUAUCAGAUGCUUUUAUCCAAAGCAUCAAAUGAGGCACACAAUUUGCAGUAAUGUCAUGUAUAAGCUAGAAUAUUACAAAAAAGCAGAAAUAAAAUGUAAAAAAGUAAUAAAUAAAUAAAACAUUCUUAUAUAAUAUAUAAAUAAAUACACACACACACAUAUACAUAUAUAUAUAUAUAUAUAUAUAUAUAUAUAUACAUGAAGUGCUUUUGUUUAUGGUAUGGUUUAGUGAAGCUAUAGAGUUAAAAUAUUUGUAUUUAAGGAUCAUGAAAUUUCUUUGGUAUUAGUACUAAUACUGAUUUUUAGUAGCAUGAUCAAACUGAUGGGAAUGAAUGGAUUAAAUAAAGAUGGAUUAAAUAAAGAGAAUCAACCCCAGUUCAUCAAAAUGAACUUAAAGUGAUUUAGGUUCACAUGCUUUUCUGUGAGGCUAAACAGAUAUCAGAAAGUAACAGAUAAAAGAUGACACCAGACACCAGAUGGCUGGAAAUAGACCAUCCUUUAUUUGACUAGCAAAUAUCACAGAACAAUUGAGGCAGCCUUUAGCUCUCUCUUUCCAUCUUUCUUCAGCCAAGGUUUCAGUUUCCAUUCUGAGUUUGACCCUCCCAUUUCUAGGAGAGGACAAUAAAGCCUGCUGCACCUUCCGCAUGAGACUUCUGAAACAUUUAUCGUACAGACAUGACAUCUAACAUGAGUACGGAACCUGACAGAACUUUGAGAACAAAACUUCACCAGCUGGAAUGCCACUUCACCUGGGCUCUAUUAAAAGAUGAUAUAGAUCUAAAUGAUGUUAUCAACAGGCUGGAAGAACAGAUUAAAGAACAGAUUCUUGGAAAGAAAGAAGUACUUGCCCGAACUUACAGUGCUUUGGCAUAUAUCCAGUUCCUUCUGGGGUUUCACGAGGAGGCACAUAACAACCUCAUGAUAUCCGUGGAGCUCCACAUUGAAUGCCAUAGGGAUGAAUUUCAUAAGACUCUUAUUGUCACAUAUGGAAACAUUGCCUGGUUAAACUAUCACAUGAAAAACUACACAGAGUGUGAAAUUUACCUGAAGAAGCUCCAGAAGAUAAACGAAACAUUUUCAAAAGAGUUUUCAUCUGUUCCGGAGGUGCUUGGUGAGAAGGGAUGGACUUUUCUUAAAUUCUCACGCAAAUAUUACGACAGAGCCAAAGAAUGUUUCAGGAAGGCUUUAGAACUGGAACCAGAUGAAGGUGAAUGGAACGCUGGUUAUGCCAUUGCUCUGUAUCGUACUGAAUACGAGACUUUGGAGUCCAAUUCGGAGGAUUCGCCUACAAUCAUGCAACUGAGAAGGGCCAUUGACAAGAAUCCAGAUGAUGAUGUUCUCAAGGUCCUCUUAAGUUUGCGAUUGGUUGUUUACAAGAGGUACAGAGAAGCUGAAAGCUUGGUAGAGAUGGCUUUAGAAAGAUCUCCAGAUCACCCACAUGUCAUUCGAUAUAUUGGGAAAUUCUUCAGGAAUCAAGGGUCUGUGGACAGGUCAAUCACUCUGUUGAAGCGAGCUCUUGAACACUCACCCAAUUCAAGUUUCAUACACCAUCAGUUGGCUCUCUGCUAUAAGCAGAAGAAAAUCCAAAUUCAGCAAGAACAAAGUCACCAUUCCAAGGGGUCAAGAGUUCAACAGAUUCGUGAUCAGUGCAUCUACCAUUUAGAAAAGGCUACCAGCCUGAUGAUCUCCUUUAUUUCUGCAAUGAGCGAUCUAGCACUGAUGUACGGAGAGAACCACAACAUGUCUCGGGCUGAGGAGCUGUUUCUGGUCACAUUCAAAACAGCUGAAGAGAAAAAUGACAAUUUGCAUGUGGUCAAUUUUUAUUACGCUGAAUUCCAGCUUUACUGCCACAAAUGUGAGCCGUUAGCUAUCAAACACUACACAGAAUGUCUGAAGAUGAGCCCGAAAUCAGUCGAAGGGAAGAGAAGUGCCAAAAGUUUGAGGAAGAUCGCUGAGAAACGGAUUCGGAGAAACUCGCAGGAAGGGGAGGCUUAUGGGAUACUAGGGUUCCUUCAUAAGGAAAAUGGAGAGAAACGUCAAGCCAUUGAGUGUUAUGAGAAAGCUCUGAGUUAUGAAGACAACGAUGAGUUCCUCAGUAACCUUAGUGCACUCAGGCUGUCCUUACAGUAAAGUCAUCACAAAUUAUAUGAUUACACAAUUAUGCAAAAUGCAUUUGAGUGUGCUUCAUGUAUUGGCACUUUAUGAUAUUUAUGACUGUAUAAUGGAGAUAAAAAAUAUUGUCAGAAUAUAUAUAGUAGUCAACAUUUGAAGUGUAUCAAAAAAGUUAAUAAAAUUUGUCCUAAGAAAUAAGUUGUCCUAAGAAGGUUUUAGGACAACUUUGAUGAAAAGUUUUGAUCCACUUCAAAUGUUGACUACUGUAUAAUAUAUCUUUAUGCUUUAAAAUUAAACUAACAUAGGCCUAAUAUAUUGUAAAAUAUUUAACUGUAUGUCAAACUGUGAUACUUUAUCCAAAAGGCACUUUAUAAGAUUGAACCACGACAUGUCUCGGGCUGAGGAGCUGUUUCUGGUCACAUUCAAAACAGCUGAAGAGAAAAAUGACAAUUUGCAUGUGGUCAAUUUUUAUUAUGCUGAAUUCCAGCUAUACUGCCACAAAUGUGAGCCGUUAGCUAUCAAACACUACACAGAAUGUCUGAAGAUGAGCCCGAAAUCAGUCGAAGGGAAGAGAAGUGCCAGCAGUUUGAGGAAGAUCGCUGAGAAACGGAUUCGGAGAAACUCGCAGGAAGGGGAGGGGAUGCUAGGGUUCCUUCAUAAGGAAAAAGGAGAGAAAUGUCAAGCCAUUGAGUGCUAUGAGAAAGCUCUGAGUUAUGAAGACAAUGAUGAGUUCCUCAGUAACCUUAGUGCACUCAGGCUGUCCGUACAGUAAAGUCAUCACAAAUUAUAUGAUUACACAAUUAUGCAAUAUGCAUUUGAGUGUGCUUUAUGUAUUGGCAUUUUAUGACUAUUUAUGACUGUAUAAUAUUGUCAGAAUAUGUAUAAUAUAUUGUAUCUUUAUGCUUUAAGAUUAAACUAACAUAGGCCUAUAGUUGUAAAAUAUUUAACAGUAUGUCAAACUGUGAUACUUUAUCCAAAAGGCACUUUGUAAGAGUUUGAAAGUUGAAAUAAAAUCCAUGAUGUAUAUAA